AUGCGUUCUCUACUCCUGUCUGCUGCUAUUGCAGUAUCCACUACCAGGGCUGUUCUCGUGCCCGAUCCAGCCAACGACUACUCCUGUACAUCUACACAUAACCCCGUCGUGACGCUACACGGGCUGGGGGCGACCUACUACGAAGACAUCAACUUUCUCGGCGAUUGGCUUAAGACUCAGGGCUUUUGCAUCUUUCGCGCAACAUACGGUUCAUACCCUGAUUUCCCCCUGGUGGGUGGAUUUUUGCCCGUCAACGAGAGUGCCGUUGAAGUCGCCGAUUUCAUCGCCAACGUGAGCAGCAGUAUCCCCGACACAAAGAUUGAUAUUGUCGGGCAUUCUGAGGGUGCCUUUUUGUCGUUAUAUGUGCCCAAGUUCCAGCCGGGGAUCUCGGAUAUCGUGCAGAGAAUCGUUAGCAUUGCGCCACCGACUCGCGGGACAAAUUUCGCAAACUUGAUCACACUGGCAAACGAUCUCGGAAUUGACGGGGUGGUGCAAACGGUUCUCGAUCUCUUCGGGUGCCAUGCCUGCAACGACGUGACUGAUGGCGGAUGGGCUAUUGAGCAGCUCAAUGACGGCACCCCCAUCAUCCAGCAAGGCAACUCGGCGACUAUUAUUAUCUCCAAAUAUGACGAGCUCGUAACGCCGACUUCGAUCUCGCCGGUCAACGAACCGAAUGUGCGCAACGAAUACGUCCAAGACUAUUGCCCGCUUGACCCGGUUGGACAUAUCGGCGAAGCGUAUGAUUUGAAUGUGUGGAAUUUGGUCAAGAAUGCGCUGGAGGAUGUGACGGCACAUAACUUUCCGUGUGUGUUUGGGAGUCCGGGGAAGUAA